UGCUCAGUGUUGACGAAUGUUGCUGUCGGUAAACCCGCAGUACAAUCUUCCACCUUUCAAACUGACGAUGCUGCAAAAGCCGUGGAUGGCGAUAGAGGGACGGAUAUCAUCGAAAACACCUGCUCCCACACUGACACAGGGGACGAUAACCCUUGGUGGAGGGUUGACCUUCUGGAUAAUUAUUACAUCCUAACUGUUAGAAUUGUCAACAGGGGCCUGGACUUUUAUGGAAUAGAUGAGUCGGCCAGGCUUAAGGAUGUAACAGUCAGCACCGGAAUAACACUGUCAAAUAUUACCUCGUUCUGUGGUUUCUUUGCUGGACCAGGAGUGUUGUCUCAACUAGUGACCAUCAACUGUCCACAGUACACAAUGGGAAGAUACGUACAAAUCUCACUGGUGACUCCGUAUCUAACCCUCUGUGAAGUAGAUGUAUUUGUUGUAGAUAUCUAG